AUGGCAGCUCCAGGGGGGCCCCUGCCUGAGUCCGCGGGGACCCCUGCCCCCACCUCGGCGCCCCUGGUGGCUCAGUCACCUGCCCGGGACAGGUGGAGGAGGAAGGUGGAUUUCCUUCUGUCGGUGAUCGGAUUUGCCGUCGAUCUGGGCAACGUCUGGCGGUUCCCCUACAUCUGCUACCAAAACGGAGGCGGAGCCUUCCUCAUCCCAUAUGCCCUGAUGGCCAUUUUUGGAGGAGUGCCCCUCUUUUACAUGGAGCUGGCUCUGGGGCAAUUCCACAGGGUUGGGGCCAUUCCCAUCUGGAAGAACAUCUGCCCCAUCUUUAAAGGCAUCGGCUUUGCCAUCUGCAUCAUCAACCUCUAUGUCUCCUUCUACUACAACACCAUCAUUGCCUGGGCCCUCUACUAUUUCUACUCCUCCUUCACUGCCACUCUGCCCUGGACCACGUGUGGCAACCCCUGGAACACCCCCAACUGCACCAGCUACUUUGGGGGGAGCAACGUCACCUGGACGAAGGACUCCAGCUCCCCAGCUGAGGAGUUUUACAUGAGGAGAGUUCUGGCGCUCCAGAACUCGCACGGCCUGGACAAGGUGGGCGAGAUCCGCUGGCACCUGCUCCUCUGCCUCUUCGCCAUCUUUGCCAUUGUCUACUUCAGCCUCUGGAAGGGGGUCAAGACCUCUGGAAAGGUGGUGUGGGUGACGGCCACCCUCCCCUACGUUGUUCUGCUCAUCCUACUGAUCCGUGGGUCCACUUUGCCCGGAGCCUGGAGAGGAAUCGUCUUCUACCUGCAGCCCAACUGGGAGAAGCUCAAGAGCACAGCUGUGUGGGUCGACGCAGCUGCCCAGAUCUUCUUCUCGCUGGGGCCAGGCUUUGGGGUGCUUCUCGCUCUGGCCAGCUACAACCCAUUCCACAACAACUGCUACAGUCUUGGGCUACAUGGCCUGAAAUGGAGGCAUGGAAGUGGAAGGGACGUGGCAAGAGACAAGAGUCGAAGCUCCACCUUCUUCGCCAUCCUCUUCUUCCUCAUGAUGGUAACGCUGGGGCUGGACAGCACGUUUGGGGGCCUGGAAGCUGUGAUCACGGCCAUCAUGGACGAAUAUCCACAUCUCCUGGCUAAGCGAAGAGAGCGGUUUGUCUUGGGGCUGAUCACCGUGUGCUUUCUCGGUUCUCUGGCCACCCUGACCAAUCCAAGUGGGUGCUCCUGUAGAAGCGUUGCUGUCUCCUGGUUUUAUGGAAUCCAGCAGUUCUGCAGUGACGUGAAGGCCAUGCUGGGGUUUACGCCGGGGAUCUACUGGCAGGUGUGCUGGGUGGCCAUCAGCCCAACCUUCCUGGCAUUCAUCAUCAUCAGCUCUCUGAUGGAGCAGCCGCCGCUCACGCUGUUUGACUACCAAUACCCAGCCUGGAGCAUCUCGGUGGGAUACCUCAUUGGCGCCUCCUCCUUCCUCUGCAUCCCUGUCUACAUGGCCUACAAGCUUGUCUGGACCCCAGGACCUCUCAAGCAGCGCCUCGCGAGUGUGCUGCCUUGGGCACUUAGAAGACCAAAGGGAGCAGCAAAGCAGAUCCAGGGUGGGCAUGGUGCCAGCCCCUUAAAGGCUCUGCAUUGACCUGCCACCUUCA